AUGGAGCUAACACUGGAAAUCGAGUUCUUAAACAAACAAACUAUUGAUGAGUGCCUUUUAAGUUUAAAAAUAUUCCAGUUCCAGAAAUUCAACAUCAAGAACGGUUUUGAUCCUUUUCUAAGGAAUAUAAACAACAAAAUGUCAGUCAGAAAAAGGAAAGACCAAGAUAUGUUCAAAUGUAGAAAUAUUUUCAGUGCCGAGGUUAUAGAGCAUGAAGACCAAGAUCCUCCUUACCCAACACAUUCAAAAACUGCAAGCCCUGCUAAUAAAACCUGGCCCCAUAAUCUUGAUAUCAUCACAAUAAAGGGUUUAGACACUAAGAAUAAGUUAGCCAGUGAUCCUGGUAUCACCGCACUAAAGACUUCAGACCUUAAGAAUAAGUUAGUCCAUGAUCCGGGUAUCAUCACAAUAAAGACUUUAGACACUAAGAAUAAUUUAGCCCAUCAUCCUAGUAUCACCACAAUAAAGACUUUAGACACUAAGAAUAAGUUACAGGAAAGGCUACCAAAUGUAUCUUUACCAAACUUUGAGGGAGAAUCAUCAAUGACUGGAAAAGUCAAUGUAAAUAAAUGUUGCCUCUCAAAAUCAUUAAGUCUUACUUCCCACAUAGAAAAUUUAAAACAAUCAAUGGUGCUCAAGUUAAUUUUAAGUAAAAAUCUGCAAGACCUUUCAAAUAUAUUAUUUUCUACACCUGAAGUUUCUAUGGACACCGAAGCAAGAAAGAAAAGUCAUAGUUCUCCACUUCUGGCUCUUCAUGAUGAACAACCAAGUAGUUUGGAAGGCGAAGUAUUUGAAAAAAUUCAAGAUUUAAAUAGCUGGCUUUCAGAAGGAGACAUUUUAAAUUCAAAGUCUCUUUUAAAUGAAAUAAUUAAAGAUAUUCCCACAGAUUCACUUUCAGAAGGUGGACCAGGAAAUUCUCCAGAGGUAGAAAAGGAACCUGUCUCUGAAAAACACUUAGAGGCUGAGCUGGGGAGAGGAGUGAAAGAAUCGAGUGAGACACAGAUAAACUCGCAGAGUCAAUUACCCACAGCUUGGGAGAGUUCGCCUUCCAAUGUUCUAAUUCACUAUGAAGAAAACAAUAAUGAAAUAGAAUUUCCGCUGGCCAAAUCUGUUAUAAGCCAGAUAAUACAAGCAUUUCCUGUAGAUACUCUUUUAGAAUCGGGGAUAAUCAAAGUGAUAGAAUUAGAUAAAGAAUAUCAGAAGGGUUUUUUGCUGUAUACAGAGACAGCUUUUGCUGAAGAAAAGCCAAAGUAUUCCACAGAGUAUUAUUCAGAUAUCAGAAGCAAAACAGAACCUCUUUCAGAGCAAAAUACACCCAUCAUUCACAAAGAAACCACUUCUUUUAAUGGAGUUGAAUUCACAGACAAAGGCCAAAAUAGAUCCCCACAAGAUUCAAAAUAUCAGUCGACACCAGAUAAAAAAACAGAUUUGCCAAGCAAUGGUCAGAGGCUUGAUAGAGAAGAAAAUGAUCUAAGUUCUACUUUAGAAAAUUUAAGUAACACACUAAUGGGUAAACUUAAUAACUCUGAUGUAAUAAUGUUAAAAUCCCUUUUGAAAAACAUAUUUAAUGUUUUUUUCAAAUAUAGUCAGUCUAAAAGCAGACAACCAGAAAAAGAAUUAGAAAGACUAAUUGAACAUCCUUUUCCAAGUCAGACAGAAGACCUUGAAGAAAUCGAAGAGAAUUUUGAUAAAGUAGACAAAUUGGGGAGAAAACCUAUUUUGAAUCCAAAGCUGCAUGUAUUUCUAGAAGAACUCUCAGAGUCAGAAAUAAAAAAUUUUAAAUCUGAAUUAAGUAAACAUAUCCAGCAUUACCUUGUAGAAAGGCUUUCAGAAUCAGGAUAUAUCAACAAAGAGGACUUACCAGAAAUCUAUCAAAAUCUGUAUUUGAUGAAUGAGAAAGUAGAACCAAAAGGGCAAAAUAUUUUUCUGGAGAAAUAUUCAGAAACUGUAAAAGAAAUCAUGUCUUUUAUAAAUAAUUUUAAUCAUCAUUUCAUAGAUAAACAUUUGGAAAUAAAGCUAAGAUCUUUUUUAAAUGAAAUUCUCCAAAACUAUUUCCUAAAAAACCUUUCAGACAACAGUUUAUUUAAAGACGCAGAACCUGAGCCUAUACACUCAAAUGUAUCUUCUCUAAGAGCUAAAAGUGCCUCAAUAUCUUUUCAUGAGUUAGGACAAGAUAUUUCAAGAGGGAGUUUUGGUAGUAGGCUUGAAAUAAACAUGAAAUACCCCUUAAGUAAAUCUCUACGAAACUAUAUUAUAGCUUUAUCAGAAAAUGAACUCUUAGAUCUAAAAGCUGAUUUAAGCAAACACCUCCAGAGCCUUUUUAUAGAAAAACUGUCAAAAUCAGGACUAAUCACAGAAAGGCAAUUAGAGGGGAUAAGCCGGCAUAUAAAUUUGGUUAAUUCUACUUUCACACCAUUAAAAUGUAUAAAGCCAGAUUUGUCUUUAAGAGAUGAAAAUCAGUUUGUGGAGGAACAUUCAGAAAAGCAAAAUAAAUAUUCAAAAAUUGCUCAGAAAACCACUUUACAAAAGGUUUCUGAAGAUAGACUUGUAGAAACAGAGUUGACCAAAAAGGAAGAAAAGGAACAUUUUUCCUUAGAGAAUAUUAAAGAAAGUCCAUCACUAAUUCAGGAACAGAAAAGAUACUAUCCUAAGGAAGCGAAAAUACUCAGUUUAAUUAAAGUACAACCUUGUUCCAACAAAAAUACCCAGGCAAUUCCAGUAAAUAAGUCAUCAGAAAGACUUACAGAUACAAUGCCUAAGAAACAAAGGAAAGAACACGGUUUCAUGCAGUUUCCUCAAGCAGAGAACUGUGAUUUUAAAACAGAGAUACAAGACCCACAUAGUUGGAGUGGUAAAUCAAAAAUAACUCAAUCAAAUGCUUGCUUUGAAAAGACACUGAAAAUGAAGUCCCUUGACAAAAAGGAGCACAAUAACACCUAUAAAUUGAUAGUACAGGAAAAUCCUGAAGCAGUGCUGUCACCGUAUCCAAGAAUUCCUAAUUGCAAGAUGCCAAAUGAAGAUGAGGAAUAUGUAAACAAACUCACUUUUCCUUCCAGGCAAAGUAAUACUCUAACUCGCCUCAAUGCAGAGGCUGGAGAGAAAUCAAAAUUAGAAGACUAGUAUCGUCAGAGAUGGAAAGGAAAUAAUAAUAAUUAUAGAAAACAACAUUUAGUAACAUUUGCACAUUACAAAGAAGAAAUACAAACUCUUUAUAUAAAACCAAACAAACUCUUAUAUAAAACCAAACAAAAGGUCCCUGAAUCACAACAGCUUAAAUAUAAAGUUUUGAUAGCUGAGAAAAACUCAAAACCAUCCCUCUUCCCAGAAGUACUAAAGAGAGAAAAUCUAAAGCCCAAGGUUCAAAAAGAAAGAGACCAUGUCGGCAAACAAAAAAAGUCAUUUAACAAGAGUAUAUUACCAACCACACUGCCCACCACAGGAAUUCUUCUAAGAAAAUCUGUUCCAAGGGCAUUGCUUCAUUGGACUGCAAGAAGAACUAUACACGAUUGUUCGGAUAGAGUUGAGGAUUUACAUGUAACUUCAUUUAAGCAUCUUGAAAAAGCAAAAUCAAGAGCAAGGCUUUUAGGAAAGAGCCCAAGUGACAGCCAUAAUCAGUUAAAAUGCUCUGCAAGACCGUAUACUGCUCCAGAGGUUAACAAACAAGGAAGCUACACUGGAAAAUUUACAAGUCCUCGAAUGGUUUCAGUAGGCUUAGUUCAUAUAAAUGAUUCAAUCCCAGAUUAUGAAAUCCAUAAAAUGCAGCCAAAAAAAAAAUUGAGUAUAUUGAAAAAUGUUUGCUCAUUUGUGAUAUUAUCCAGAUGUUAA